GGUUGCAAUAUUACAUGAGCUGAAGCAAGCAAAUUUCUCUGCAACAAGUUGUGAUAGGUAUGAACAACACAAGUGAGAUGUGAUGGAUUUAACAGAGUUGGAGAGGUUACCGGAUGAAUGCAUGGCCCAUGUUCUUUCCCUCACGUCCCCCAAAGACGCUUGCCGAUCAGCCUCCGUCUCCUCCUCCUUUCGAUCGGCCGUGCAAUCCCAAACUCUUUGGCAACGUUUCUUACCCCAUGACUAUCGUCAAAUCAUCUCUCGAUCCCUUGCUCCUCCUCUCCCAUUCAUCUCCUCUCUCUCUAACAAGGACCUCUACUUUCGUCUCUGCGACUCCCCCAUCUUCCUCGACGAUGGCAAUCUGAGUUUCUCAUUGGAUAAACUGAGUGGUAAAAAAUGUUGGAUGCUGGGAGCCAAACUGUUGAGCAUUACAUGGGCAGACACUCCAGAAUACUGGGAAUGGAAUUCCCUACCCGAAUCCAGGUUCUCCGAAGUGGCUGAGCUCAGACUUGUAUGGUGGCUUGAGAUUAAGGGAUACAUAGACACUAAAAUAUUGUCCCUGCGAACAACCUAUGCAGCUUACCUGGUAUAUCAGCUCCCAGAAGAAUCACAAUGGGGGUUUCUGGGAAUACCUAUGACGGUGCGUGUCACCAAUGAACAAAAUGAAGUUGUAGCUGAGCAUGAUGUGUUCCUGGCAGACAAGCCAGAAGAUGUGCCAGCUCCACAAGCUCAAAGCAGAGGAGAUGGAUGGAUGGAGAUUGAGUUGGGUGAAAUUUCCAAUCAAGAAGAUGAUGCUACUGUUGAGUUUUGUCUGAGGGAAACUGAGAGUGGCAUCCCUAAGGGAGGCCUCAUUGUGGAAGGUAUUGAGCUUAGGCCUAAACUAAAUUUGUAGUACAGGGAACGAAACUGCUAAGAUGUCAUCUACUCAAUAAUAAGUCUCUGAUCUAUACCGUUGUAAAAUGCAUAUGUUUUUCAUUUAUUUUGCAUUAAAGUUAUGAUAAUCGAGGGAGCUAGGUGGUUACUGCAGUUGUGCAAGAAUGCUGAAGAUUAGUAUAAUUAGUGUUUAGGGCAUGCUUGAAGUUCUUCUUUCAAAUAAUAAAAUGUCAUCCUCUUUCUUUUGUU